AUGAACGAUCGAGAAAACUCGCUGUCCCUCAGCUGGUGUGACCGCACUUGGUUGCCCAUUCUGAAUCUCACAAACGUACUCAACUACUUUGCCGAACGGACGAAUCCAUUCUACGACCACACGUGCAACAAUGAAAUUCUUCGAAUGCGUGGCAUCAAGAUUGACGCUCUGCCUGAGCUGGAGAAAAUGCAAGGCACCGAGUACGUGCUGCUGCACGUUCAGGAGCCGAUUCUCUAUGUGAUUCGCAAGCAGAAGCGACUUUCACCCACUGCCACCACUCCUCUGGCCAACUACUACAUCAUUGCGGGAAUCGUGUACCAGGCACCUGACCUCCAGUCGAUCAUUCAAUCCAAAAUGCUCACCACUAUUCACUGCCUUCAGAGUGCAUUCGAAGAAUGCUUCCAGUACGUCAGGUUUCACCCGUCCACCGAUUACUACUGGAACUUUUCCAAAGAAGGCUCCCUCUCAACCUCUCCAAACAAUGCAGGCGAAGAUCGGUCUGCAAAGGAUGGUUCCAAAUCUAGCAGCAAAGAAGAAAUUAGCAAGAAAAAGGAUAUCUCAAUCGCCGAGGCAAGCGACCAGGCGAGACACAUGUAUCGCGUUGAUGUGCUCAUUCACGAACUAGUGAAGAAGUUUCCGCCUAAAAUUGCAAGCGCAACAAACGGAGAACAACAGUCCAAUGGCGCAAGUGGCGGCGGAGGAGGUAGUGCUGACAAUGCCGAGAACUCAAACCCCAAUAUAAAAGAGGAACCGACUGACGAUCAAAAUGGAAUAGAAGCCGGCAAUGGUCCCACUGAAGACGAUCAAAAAGCACAAAAAAGAGCAAACACAAACCACAGCAGCAGCAACAGCAACAACAAUAGCAGCAGUAAUCAGCUAACUCCACCUGCAAAGCGACACAAAAUGGGCUAA